AUGGGUAAGCUAGCCUGGAGCACAGCUGGGCCUGAGCUGGAGUCUGAGCUGGAGUCUGAACUGGAGUCUGAACUAGAGUCUGAACUGGAGUCUGAGCUGGACUCUGAGCUGGAGUCUGAACUAGAGUCUGAGCUGGAGUCUGAGCUGGAGUCUGAGCUAGAGUCUGAACUGGAGUCUGAACUGGAGUCUGAGCUAGAGUCUGAACUAGAGUCUGAACUAGAGUCUGAACUGGAGUCUGAGCUGGAGUCUGAGCUAGAGUCUGAGCUGGAGUCUGAACUAGAGUCUGAGCUAGAGUCUGAGCUGGAGUCUGAACUAGAGUCUGAACUAGAGUCUGAACUGGAGUCUGAACUGGAGUCUGAGCUAGAGUCUGAACUAGAGUCUGAACUAGAGUCUGAACUGGAGUCUGAGCUGGAGUCUGAGCUAGAGUCUGAGCUGGAGUCUGAACUAGAGUCUGAGCUAGAGUCUGAGCUGGAGUCUGAACUAGAGUCUGAGCUGGAGUCUGAGCUGGAGUCUGAACUAGAGUCUGAACUAGAGUCUGAACUGGAGUCUGAACUGGAGUCUGAGCUAGAGUCUGAACUGGAGUCUGAGCUAGAGUCUGAGCUGGAGUCUGAACUGGAGUCUGAGCUAGAGUCUGAGCUAGAGUCUGAACUAGAGUCUGAACUGGAGUCUGAGCUGGAGUCUGAACUAGAGUCUGAGCUAGAGUCUGAGCUGGAGUCUGAACUAGAGUCUGAACUAGAGUCUGAGCUGGAGUCUGAGCUAGAGUCUGAGCUGGAGUCUGAGCUAGAGUCUGAGCUAGAGUCUGAACUAUCUGAGCUGGAGUCUGAGCUGGAGUCUGAGCUAGAGUCUGAGCUGGACUCUAAAUUAGAGUCUGAGCUGGAAUCUGAGCUGGACUCUGAAUCAGAGUCUGAGCUAGAGUCUGAGCUGGACUCUAAAUUAGAGUCUGAGCUGGACUCUGAAUUAGAGUCUGAGCUAGAGUUUGAACUAUCUGAGCUGGAGUCUGAGCUAGAGUCUGAGCUGGACUCUGAAUUAGAGUCUGAGCUAGAGUCUGAACUAGAGUCUGAGCUAGAGUUUGAACUAUUACGCCUCUAUCACAACCUCAUAUUUGGAGCGUCAAAUGAGGACACGGCCCACGCGUUUGGAGACAGCUAA